CGAGGACCGUAAGUCAUGCGAUAUGCGUAUUCCGCAUCCCGGCGCACAUGCUACUCCACCGUCCGCAGUUGGGCAGCGGCGGCGGAAACGAAUCCCUCAAAACCAUCCCGUCGACAAUACUGCCCCUCUCUCCCAACCUUCCCAUGCCACCCCAUGGCUAUCAUGCGCCAUCUUAACCUCCACCGCUUCUCCUCCCUCUCCAACGCUCUCCGCCAGUGCCCCAACACCACACCGUGGGCCCCAGCUCCCAUCUCUCUCAUCCACCACUCAUCAGAAUCCCUCUUCCACGUCGCCAUCGACGUCUCAGAUCAUCCAGAUCUCAUCAACUCCCACGCCUGGCCUGGCCAAUACCUCCAGCUCCGCUUGCCCCACGCUCUAAAGCCCGUCUUCCUCGCCAUCGCCUCCCCUCCCUCCCUCUCCGCAUCGACGGGCGAGUUCGAAUUCCUGGUUAAGAGCGUCACGGGGUCCACCGCAGAGGCCCUCUGCAGGCUCCGGAGAGGUGAUGUUGUCGAAUUGAGCAGUGUGAUGGGGCGGGGAUUCGACAUGGAGGAGAUAUCGCCUCCGGAGGUGUAUCCGACGGUUCUCAUCUUCGCAACCGGCUCUGGUGUCAGUCCAAUCCGGUCCCUUAUUGAGUCAGGUUUUGGGGCUGAUAGGAGAUCAGAUGUAAGGCUUUAUUAUGGGGCUAAAAACCUUCGGAGAAUGGCCUACCAGGAUAGGUUUAAGGGUUGGGAAUCCUCUGGUGUUAGAAUCAUACCUGUAUUAUCACAGCCGGACAGUGGAUGGCAAGGUGAACGUGGCUAUGUACAGGCUGCUUUUGCUAGAGCCAAACAAAUAUCUAACCCUUUGGGUACUGGUGUAGUGGUAUGCGGCUGCAGACAAAUGGCUGAGGAGAGGCAUUUUGUGAAGUUUUCUGCUGUGAUGAACUCAAUGGCCUGAUUGGUUUGUUGCUCACAAACAAUCUCUGACAUAGUUCAAAUCUUCGCUCCAAAUCCUUUCUAACUUUGAUUCAGACGAGUCAAACUCGCUGAAACUGAGUCAGCUUGGUUUCGCUGUCAGUUGAUAUGAUUCAGUUUCUCCAUGGUUCAAAAUAUUGGCUGAUGCAUAUUUUACUGGUGAUACCUGUCUGUAUUUUGAAAAGGGCAAAUCUUUGAUGUUCAGGUAGAGUGUGAUGGAUGAUACACGGGUUAGAUGUAUACAUUUCAUACAAGUAAUUUCCAUUAUCAAUCCAGAUUGUGUAUACCAGGUUAGAUGUAUCGCGGAACAAAAACUGAGCUUAUUUGAUAAUAUGAUUAUCAGAUUAGUGGA